AUGUGUGCAUUUUUGAUUUUCCAGAGCCGAACUGCUUCACCAUCUUGUCCCACGUGUCUCAUCCUGACCCCGACCAGAGAGCUGGCCAUCCAGAUAGAGAAGCAGACGAAAGAGCUGGUGAUGAGUCUGCCCAACAUGAGAACUGCUCUUCUGGUGGGGGGGAUGCCUUUACCCCCUCAGCUGCAUCGACUCAAGCAGAACAUCAAGAUAGUAAUAGCCACUCCAGGACGCCUCCUUGAGAUCCUGAAGCAGAAGGCUGUACGGCUGGAUAACGUCAGGGCCGUUGUGGUUGAUGAGGCGGAUACCAUGCUGAAGAUGGGAUUCCAGCAACAGGUUCUUGAAAUUUUGGAGCAGGUCCCUGAAGAGCAUCAGACGCUGUUGACGUCAGCCACCAUUCCCAAAGGAACAGAACAGCUAGCGGCUCGUCUCACCCACGAGCCUGUGAGCAUUACCAUCGGUCAGAAGAACCAACCCUGCUCCAACGUCCGUCAGAUCGUCCUCUGGGUGGAAGAGCCGUCAAAGAAAAAGAAGCUCUUUGAGAUUUUAAAUGACAGAAAGCUGUACCAGCCACCGGUAGUUGUGUUCGUGGACUGCAAACUUGGGGCCGAUUUGCUGUGUGAAGCUGUGCAAAAGGUCAUGGGAUUAAACACAGUCGCUAUUCACUCAGACAAGAUGCAGUGGGAACGCAACAAAAUUGUAAAGGGUCUACUUGAGGGCCAGUUUGAAGUGGUGGUCAGCACUGGGAUUCUCGGUAGAGGACUGGACCUGGUCAAUGUUAAGCUUGUAGUGAACUUCGACAUGCCAGCUAACAUGGAUGAAUAUGUUCAUCAGAUUGGCCGAGCAGGUCGACUGGGCCACAGAGGCACCGCCAUCACCUUCAUGAAUAACAACAACAAGCGGCUGUUUCUGGACAUUGUGAACAGAGUGAAACCCACGGGCUCCAUCCUGCCGCCACAGCUCCUCAACUCCCCACAUCUGCACGAACAGCAGAGGAGAGCCACACAGAGGAGCAGCCGUGGAGAAGACAUCCUCGUAUCCAAGAGCAACCUCAUCGACAUCAUCAGGAAGCAUGACAAAAGAUCUGCCAAGAAAUAACAAGCAAAUAUAUGUAUUGCUAAAUGUUUUGUUGCUGCUUUUGUAAUUUGUAUUUUCAAUAAAUGCUACAAGUGAAUGAAAAAAAUGUCUCUUCUGAUUGUCUCCAGUAUAAUUACACACACAAUAAUAAUGUCA